ACUCUGACUGAAAUGUACAUCCACUUCCUGCUGAUUCAGAUCAACAUGAGGAACCAAAAGUAUUAAGAGAGUGAUCCAGAAAAACUCCUGCAGUCAAACCGAGAAGUGAUUGUAAAACUUGCUGAAGUGGCUUUCAAACAGCUGAUGAAGAGUAAUGUGAUGUUCUAUGAGGAGGACCUGAUUGAGAGCGGCAUAGAUGUCACUGAUGCCUCAGUGUAUUCUGGGAUUUGCACUGAGAUCUUUAAGGAGGAGUCCGUGAUUAAUCAGAGAAAGGUCUACAGCUUCAUUCAUCUGAGUGUUCAGGAAUUUCUUGCUGCUUUCUUUGUGUUUUACCAUUAUGUAAUAAAAACAGAAGACACAUUGCAGUUUUGUGAUGUUAUACAUAAUUUACAUAUAAAUGCAGUAGAUAAAGCCCUCAAGAGUGAGAAUGGUCAGCUGGAUCUGUUUCUGCGGUUCUUGCUUGGCAUCUCACUGGAGUCCAAUCAGAGACUCUUACAGGAUCUAAUGACACACACAGAGAACAGCUCAGAGAGCAUUAGGAGAAACACACAGUACAUUAAAGAGAAGAUCAGAGAUGGACAUGGACUCUCCACUGAAAGAUCCAUCAAUCUAUUCCUCUGUCUGCUGGAAGUGAAAGAUCAGACUCUGUCCAGAGAGAUUCAAGAGUUUGUGAAAUUAGAAAAAAACUCAGAGAUGAAACUCUCUCCUGCUCACUGCUCUACAAUCUCCUACAUGCUUCAGAUGUCAGAGGAGCCACUGGAUGAGCUGGACCUCAAGAAAUACAACACAUCAGAUGAGGGCAGAAGAAGACUGAUACCAGCUGUGAUCAACUGCAGAAAAGCCAUUUUUGUUGGCUGUAAUCUCUCAGAUAAGCAUUGUGAAACUGUAUCAUUAGCUCUACAAACCCUAAACUCUGUCCUGAGAGAGCUAGAUCUGAGUAACAAUGACCUGCAGGAUUCAGGAGUGAAGCUGCUCUCUGAUGGACUGAAGAGUCCAAACUGUCAGCUGCCGAUACUGAGGUUGUCAGGCUGUAUGGUGACGGAGGAAGGCUGUGGUUAUUUGUCUUCAGCUCUGAGUUCAAACCCCUCACACCUGAGAGAGCUGGAUCUCACAAUCACCCAGGAGAUUCAGGAAUGAAGCUGCUCACACACAAACUGGAGGAUCCCAACUAUAAACUGCAGAUUCUGAAUGUGGAUAAUGGACAACAUUUAAGAAUCACCCCAGGGCUGAGAAAAUAUGUAUAUAAUCUCACCCUUGAUCCGAACACCAUAAACACUCAACUCGUGUUGUCUGAAGAGAAGAGGAAGAUCACACACGUGACAGAGCCGCAGUCGUAUCCGGAUCAUCCAGACAGAUUCGAUAGCUGUGAGCAGGUUCUGUGUGGAGAGAGUCUGUCUGGACGCUGUUACUGGGAGGCUGAAUGGAGCGGGAAGGGUGCUGAAAUAGUAGUGUCAUAUAAAGGCAUUAGAAGGAAAGGUGGGAGUGAUUGUUGGUUUGGAUACAACGACAAGUCCUGGAGUCUAUACUGCUGCGCUAAUGAAUUCACUAUCUGGCACAGAAAUGUGAGCAAUAAUAUAUAUAUAAUAGUAUAAUAUAUAUAUAUAAUAUAUAUAAUAGUAGGAGUGUAUCUGGACUGGUCGGCCGGCUCUCUGUCCUUCUUCAGCGUCUCUGACACACACACACUCACACACUUACACACAUUCAACACCACAUUCACAACCCCUCUACGCUGGGAUUGCAGUCUAUGCUGAUUCUUCAGUGUUUCUUGUGUCAGAUGAAACAAUGUGAGAAACAACUGAGACAUCUCAAACAAUCUGUCACAUUUUUUCUUCUUUUCUUUCCUCUAACACAGUAUAAAUAGUAUCUAAUUAUUAAUCAGUAGUCAACUUAGUAAUCAGUGA